UGGGUAUAUACUUUUCCUCUCCGGAGCAAUUUAUUGGUGCAUACGACAACACAAACACGGAAGUAGCUGAUAUGACACGGCUAAAGUCGCGUUAAAGCCACAAUUAUUUAUUUGUGGAUGUAAUUUUCAGCUUUCAUCAUGGAAGACCAAGAGAUGCAUCUCAAAGUCAGACGAGUGAGUGACAAAUUUACGGAGAGCAUGUACGUUCUGGCUAAUGAGCCUUCCGUGGCUCUGUACAGACUGCAGGAGCACGUCAGGAGGUCACUGCCUGAGCUGGUGCAACAUAAGACUGACAUGCAGAGCUGGGAGGAGCAGAGUCAAGGAGCAAUCUACACAGUGGAAUAUGCAUGCAGUGCGGUGAGAAGCAUGGCGAACAGCAGCGUGUAUUUCAAAAACAUCGACAACCUCCUCCGGCAAGCAAUCAGCAUGAGGGAGCAGAUUAGCACCUCUCAGGGACGCAGAAAAAGGACCAUGGAUCCAGCCAUGCCAAGGGACGCUGCAGACAGGCACAACCCAGGAAUGUGACAACACUUUCCAGGCGUUUCUCCUUCACUCCACAAGCCUUUGGUUGCAGCCGAAGCAAUGUCAUAAAGAUCACUGCUUCUGAAACUCCACAUCACCCCCUCAACCACAAGCUGCUCAUGGAACAGAGGACCCUAGCGCUGCCAGGUCCGGAAUUAAAAACACUUAAGUCAUGGACGCCACUCAAAGGAAGCAUUGUUCUCUUGGGGCUCGCUGGACGAGAACAGAAGCGCUUGUUUUCUCUGCCGGGCAUUCAGUUUCAAGGUUUCACAUUUUUGUUUUGGUUCAUACCUGCCAAGUAGACACAAACUCCAAGGCAGAACAGUCCGACUGCCACAUGACGCACGGCUCUGCUGUCCAAAAGGAACCAAUUUGCUCUGAGGAUACAAACAUUAUACCUUUUACAAACUAGCUUACAUUGCUAGUAUUGCAUCUGCAUUUGUUGGACAUUUUAAUUCUAAUGCACAAUACAGUUUAACACUCAUUACUAUUCACUAGAGGGUGGGGGCAAGCAGCUGAUUUUGUAAGCCGACGUGGGAAAGGGCUAGCUGCAGGCUGUGUGCUGACUUGUAAUGAAAAGGUUAUUGUUUAGACGGGCUUAUUGGAAUUGAGAGGUGGAGGGCAUUAUUUCAGUGUGGUGCACUGCACACCCUUACAACUUUUAUUUACUUUUAAAAUCCCACGGUUACCCAUUUUCAAUCUAUUACAUUUAUUGGAACUACUUUGUGGUUUACAACCAAAUGAUUGUGCAACUAUGUGACAUUCAUGCUAAAUAACUGUUUGUGUCGAAUGGCAGAGAGGAUUAGAUUGGAGGUAUUCAUAGUGUCUCUGGUUUGAUUUGGUUUGGUUUAAUUUGAUUUGAACAUGCAUGCAGGUUACAAUGGAAUACAUCUCAUGAAUCAUUUCACAGUUCCACAUGUGCAAAAGGAGUAGGAAGAAGCAAAGCUUAUUUAAUCCUACCCCCCAUCCGUUCCACAUCUAGUACAGUACAUAUCCGCUUCCUGUAUUCCAUGUAAUAUUAUUCCAUAUAAUAAUCAGUGUAAUAAUAAAAAAUAAAAACAAGCAUGACAGAACAAUAUAAUAAUCAAUAUAAUAAUAAAUAAGAUGAAGACAAGCAUAACAAAGCAAGUUAAAGAUUCUUCUGCCUUAUAUUUAACAAACAUCAUCUGCUUGUAUUGUUUUUUUAAUUCGCUCGUCUUAGUACAUUGUUUGAGUUUCUUGCUCAAUCCGUUCCAUAAUUUAAUUCCGCAUACUGAAAUGCUGUGGGUUUUCAACGUUGUUCUCGCAUAUAAGUGUUUUAAGUUACAUUUUUUUCGAAGAUCAAUUUCUCCUGUCUUAUAGACAAAUACUGUAUGGCGUUUUUGGGUAACAAGUUAAUGUUAACUUUAUGCACUAUUUUAGCAGUUUUAAAAUGUACUAAAUCAGCAAAUUUUAAUAUCUGUGAUUUAAAAAAAUAAAGGGCAUGUAUGUUCUCUAUACGCGGCAUUAUGAAUUAUCAUCACCCAUCUUUUUUGCAGUACAUUGAGUGAGUAAAGAUCGCUUUUAUAAUUGCUGCCCCAUAUCGCCACACAAUAAGUUAGACAUGGUAAUACCAAAGAACAGUAAAGUGUUUGCUUUCUCAUUAUAGGGACUAAAAUCAAUUCAUUUUGCCUUUAAACAGAAGUGAAGUUAUCUUUUUAUAUUUGAAGUUUUUUUUUCAUAUUUUUUCUAAAGCUGCUGCACCUCCCCGGAGGUCUUCUGAUCCCUUGAAUUAGAUUUAUUUUACAAUUGAAAGUCUUUACAAUCAUUUUAAUAAUAGUAAAGAUUGCAAACUAAGUGAUGGAUCCUAACAUUAGCAUAGCAACAGCUAAAUACCUAACUGCAGUGGUGAUACCAGUAGGUUGGGGGGGGCAAUUAUUUUUUUAAAAGUCAUAUCUGACUUUUCUGUACUGUAGAAGUAAUAAUUGUCUGAGAAAUAGUAAAAAUAUCUAUUGAAUGGUCACCUGGUUAAACUGAAUGUAUUAGCAAUAGCAUCCCUAGCAGACAUACUGCAGUGGAACCUUGGUCAACGUCAUGAAAUACAUGAAUGACUUAUGAAUAAAAGGGAUAAAUGAACAUUUAAGUUUAUUUUUACCUUCACUGAGGACAUGAUUCUUGACCUGACUGUUCCCAAAGACACAA